AUGGAUGCCACUGCUAGUGGGCCCUCGAGCUUGCAAUACCACAACAUAACCGAGCAAACAAUCUCUUCCCUUUCCCCUCAGCCCAUCAUAGCCCACCAGAGGCAAACCCGUCAUUGUUUCGGGAAUGUGGGCCCAGGCGAGUUCCCUUUGUCCGCAAAUCCCUCAAUCGUCCUCCAUGUCCUCACAGCCUGCAAACUCGAUCCUCAAGACCUUGCAAAACUCGAGGCAAGUGCGACAUGUUGGUUCUUUAAACAGCCCGCGAAUUUUUCGCCCGAAAACGAGCUCUCGUUGGGCGAGCUGGCGGCACUCGACAUGUGCCGCAAACGGGCCGUGUUUAAAUCGAUGACGAUUGAGCAAAGCCAAGAUUUGAAGCGAAUGUGUGGAGGCUCUUGGAAAUUGGUCUUGAGGUACUUAUUGGCUGGUGAGUUGUGUUACAGAAGGGAAAAGGCCCAGGCGAUUGCGGGCCCGGGCCACAGUCUUGUCGUGACUAAUGGUGGAAGUGUGUAUUCGUUCGGUUCUAACAGCUCAGGGCAGCUCGGGCAUGGGAACACAGAUGAAGAGUCACGUCCUCGCCUGAUUAGCGACAUUGGGCGAGUUUACGCCUUCGGAAAAGAAUCUUUUGGGGAAGCCGAGUACACUGUCCAAGGGAACAACAACAAUGUGAUCACGACCCCUCGGCUAGUCGAUUCUUUGAAAGAUAUAUUCGUCGUGCAAGCCGCCAUCGGAAAUUUCUUCACAGCCGUUUUAUCCCGAGAGGGAAGAGUGCACACGUUUUCGUGGGGUAAGGAAGAAAAACUCGGCCAUCAGAUGGAUCUUAAUGAUGUGGAGCCCCGCCCUUUGCUGGGCCCGCUCGAGAAUGUUCCGCUUUUANCGGUGUACUCUGUGGGGUGCGGAUUGGGCGGGAAGCUUGGGCACGGGAAUCGAGGCGACGAGAAGCAACCGAAACUAAUCGAACAUUUUCGAAUGUUAAAUGUUGAGCCAAUGGUGAUUGCUGCCGGUGCAUGGCAUUCGGCAGUAGUGGGGAAAGACGGGAGGGUAUGCACGUGGGGUUGGGGAAGAUAUGGGUGUUUAGGCCAUGGGAAUGAGAACUGUGAAUCGGCACCUAAAGUGGUGGAAGAACUUAGAGAUGUAAAAGCUGUUCAUGUGGCCACGGGAGAUUAUACGACUUUUGUCGUCUCGGAUUGUGGGGAAGUAUAUUCGUUCGGGUGUGGUGAGUCGUCGAGUCUUGGCCAUAAUCGAGCUGCUGCUGAAGAGCAGGAAAACAGGCACGCGAACGUGUUGACCCCACAGCUUGUGACUUCCCUAAAGCAAAUGAAUGAAAAGGUUGUACAGAUAAGCCUCACUAAUUCCAUAUACUGGAAUGCUCACACUUUUGCUCUCACGGAUUCGAAUAAGCUUUACGCUUUCGGGUCAGGUGACAAAGGACAACUUGGAGUCGAGCUCGGCCCAGAUCAUACCGAACGGGCCAGCCCAGAACGGGUUGAUAUCAACCUCGGUUGA